ACUUUCCCCAAGGCAAGCUCCGAUUGCCAUGUAAACAGACGCUCAGUUGUCCGACAUCUCAGUGACUUGCAAUUUCCGGGGAGUUGGACGCUGAAGCGAUAAUUAAUUAUCUGGCCGGAUAACCCAACUAUUAAUUAAUAUUCGAGUUUUGCCUUCGCGAUGCCUCGUAGUACUGCCCUUCGGCCAUUUCUCCGCGCCACACAUCGUGCGAGUACAAUGGGCACCCAAAUCGCCAUCACCGCUGCCGUUGUUGGUGUCGGCGCAUACGCAUGGUAUCUGCGGAGCAGCAGCACCAAUCGGGACAAGCCCGUUUUCAGCAGCUUCGGCUUCCACACCCUCCGCCUCGAAAGCGCCGAGCUGAUCAACCACAACACCAAGAAGUUGCGCUUCGACCUCCCAGACAAGAGCAAGCCGAGCGGCCUCUCCCUCACUUCCGCCCUGCUGACCAUCUCCUUUCCCAACGGCCGCUGGCUGCCGGUGCUGAGGCCAUAUACCCCGGUCAAUGAUCUCGACGAGCCCGGCUACAUCGAGCUGAUGGUGAAGCUCUACCCCGGCGGCAAGCAGAGCACGCACCUGCACUCGCUCCGACCUGGCGACACGCUCACCUUCGCACCCAUCAAGGAGCUGGCCUGGAAGCCCAACAAGCACCCGCACGUCGCCCUGAUUGCCGGCGGCGCCGGCAUCACCCCCAUGUACCAGCUCGCCCGCGGCAUCCUCAACAACCCGGCCGACCAGACGCGCAUCACCCUGGUCUGGGGCGUCAACACGGACGAGGACAUCUUCUUGCGGGACAAGUUUGCCGCGUUCGAGCGGGACCACCCAGGGCGGUUCAGAGCUGUUUACGUGGUGGCGUCGCCUGCCGCCGGAUCGCCGCAUCAGAAGGGUUUCAUCACGAAGCAGAUCCUGGAGGGCGCGGGGCUGAGCGCGAGGGAGCACAAGAAUCGGGAUGUCAAGGUUCUGGUAUGUGGGCCACCCGCGAUGGAGAAGGCACUGAAGAAGCGGACGGGUGUGCUAGCGGAACUGGGCUAUCGCCCGGAUCAGGUGUACAGCUUCUAGACGGGUUGCCGAGUGUUGUCCGGCUGAGGUUGUGAUUACUUCCUUGGAGCAUAUCUCGGCACUUUUGUGGAGGUUAACUUGUUCUUUGGUCGUAAUCAAUCCGGCCUUCUCAGGCUUUAAUAAUUACUCUCUCACUGUUGAGUAUUAGUUUUUGCUUUGACACCGAACGUCACAAACAAUGUAAACCUCGCGGCUGGGACCGAACUAAUUA